AUGAGCGGGAGAAUUCUCUCCCACCGUCUGGUUCCGCUCUUGCGGACAGGCUUUUUGGCCCGCCAUGUUCAUAACGCUGGUGCAAGAACCGGAGGUCUUCUAUGUUCAGAUGGCAGCACCGCACUUCGAGGACGCGCCUGGCCUGUCGGUGCGAACUCGAUUCAUAAUGUCCCCGCUGUGCGGGGGAUCUCUUUUGCAAGGAUUCUUCCAAAGCUGGCCCUAAAAUUAGUGAAGGUGCCCGCUAUGCUUGGAACGGCUACAGUAGCUGGGUUAGCUUAUAUUCAAUAUCAAACUACACAGGCAGGAAACUACGCUAUUGACGUGUUGAAACGCGCGGGGGAAUCGGCCGGUGACGCUGCUUCAUCCAUUUUCUCCGAAAUCCAAAAUGUGGCCGAACAGACACAGCGUGGCUGGCAAAGGACUACAGAUAGCGUGGAAGUCCCUGAAUGGUUGCAAAACGUUCUAGGUUUCAGUGAGGGUUCCCAAAACGACGGUUCCGGGGGAGGGCAACCCCCAAGAGAAAGCCGGGCUGGUGCAGCUGCAGCUGCAGGAGCGGCGGCUGUAGGGUACGAUCAAGAUGACGAGCAUGCCCGAUUGACGAGGAAUGCGGAGGACGACCAGAUGAUGCUCCUUACUCGUAAAAUGAUCGAGAUCAGGAACAUACUUCAAGCCGUUGGCCAGUCCAACACACUCACAUUGCCAUCGAUUGUGGUCAUUGGUUCACAGUCAUCCGGCAAAAGCUCCGUUCUUGAAGCCAUCGUCGGACAUGAAUUUCUUCCCAAAGGCUCGAAUAUGGUUACCCGGCGGCCGAUCGAACUUACUUUAGUCAAUACUCCCCACGCACAAGCUGAAUAUGGAGAAUUUCCAGCCCUCGGUCUAGGAAAGAUAACCGACUUUUCUUCGAUUCAACGCACCUUGACCGACCUUAACUUGGCAGUCCCUGAGAGGGAAUGUGUCAGUGACGACCCAAUUCAACUUACCAUCUAUUCUCCUAAUGUUCCCGAUCUUUCCCUCAUUGACCUCCCAGGCUAUAUCCAGGUUUCCGGCCAAGGUCAACCUCCACAGUUGAAGCAAAAGAUCUCUGAUCUAUGUGACAAGUACAUCCAAGCGCCAAAUGUUAUCUUAGCUAUAUCUGCGGCAGAUGUUGAUCUUGCCAAUUCGACAGCAUUGAGAGCAAGUCGCAGGGUAGACCCUAGGGGCGAAAGGACCAUCGGUGUCAUCACAAAGAUGGACCUUGUUGACCCGGAACGUGGCUAUAGCAUUCUUACUGAUAAAAAAUACCCCCUUCGCCUGGGCUACGUGGGUGUGGUCUCGCGAAUCCCCCAGACGACCGCUCUGUUCUCCUCUCGGGGAAGUGGCAACAUCACGAGCGCGAUCAUCAAGAAUGAAAAUGCCUAUUUCUCUUCUCAUCCAUCCGAGUUUGGGCCCCAGUCAGAGGUGUCGGUUGGCGUUGGAACUUUGCGAACCAAACUUAUGCAUGUUCUUGAACAGACGAUGGCAUCUAGCCUAGCGGGUACUAGGGACGCUAUCAGCCAGGAACUGGAAGAAGCGACGUACGAGUUCAAGGUUCAAUAUAAUGAUCGUCCGCUGAGCGCAGAGUCGUAUCUCGCCGAGAGCCUGGACAGCUUCAAGCACUCCUUCAAGGCAUUCGCGGAAAACUUUGGCCGUCCUCAAGUGCGUGAGAUGCUGAAAAACGAGCUCGAUCAACGCGUCAUGGACAUCCUCGCUCAGAGAUAUUGGAACAAGCCAAUUGACGACUUGAAUCCUCCGAUGCCUGAGUUGGACCCCCUCAUUGACCUUCCCAAGGCCGAUCCGGAGUCAAUGUAUUGGCACCGCAAGCUCGACGCGUCAACUUCUUCUUUGACCAAAUUGGGAAUCGGCAGGCUUGCUACGACUGUUGUUGCGAAUGCAAUCCAGAACCGUGUUGAGUCAUUGUUGGCCAACUCUACCUUCGCCUCUCACCCAUAUGCUCAAAAGCAGAUCGUGGAUGCUUGCAGCAGCAUCCUGAAUGAUCGAUUCUUCAGCACCAGCGAUCAAGUCGAGAACUGCAUCAAGCCUUAUAAAUACGAAAUUGAAGUUGAAGAUCCAGAGUGGGCGAAGGGAAGGGAAAACAUAACAAGAGUGCUUAAGGAGGAGCUUAAGGCGUGUGAGGCGGCUUUGAAACGUGUCGAGGACUCCGUUGGUAGGAGAAAGAUCAAGGAUGUGAUGUCAUUUAUAGACAAGGUCAGGAAAGGCGAAGUGGUCUUGGAAGGCGACGGUGCUGGUGGUGCAGGUGGAUUCAGUUCUGCCCUCCUAGCCACAGGUCGCGAAAGCGCCUUCCUACGCGAUCGGGCUGAUCUCCUCAAAAUGAGACUUCUCGCCGUCCGCUCCAAGCAAUGUUCCAGCAAGAAGAACAAGUACUACUGCCCCGAAGUCUUCCUCGACGUCGUCGCAGACAAGCUCACUUCAACCGCGGUACUAUUCCUAAACGUCGAGCUCCUGUCCGAGUUCUACUACAACUUUCCUAGAGAACUGGACAUGAGACUAGGCCGUCACCUCUCCGACGCAGAAGUAGAACGCUUCGCCCGCGAGGACCCUCGCAUCCGAAGACAUCUCGACGUGAUCAAGAAGAAGGAACUCCUCGAACUAGCCCUGCAGAAAAUCGAAAGCAUCCGCCAGUUGGACGGUCGCAGCAAACAUAGAAACGCCGACCGCCCUCUGUCCAAAGAGCAGAGAAAUCGUGGCUGGAACCUGUUCUAA